AUGCAGGUAUAUGCUGCUUUGGCCCUUUUUCUCCCGACCGGUCAACUAAUACGACACUCUCGACCCGUCGGCAUGCCAAAUUCCACACUUACAUCUGAGCUAGCCUCAGCGCUUUGGCCAUCCCCAGACGACUCUUUCACGUCUACUUCUCCAAAUGCGACUUCCACCUUCUCAGAAUAUGAAGCUCAUUUGGUUUGGAUCUCGCAACUGCCCAUGUGUGGAAUCCAUGUCAGUCGAAUAUCGGGUCACAUUCUAGUCGCAAUGCCAGCAUAUCAUCGGAUCGCCGUUUACACCCACGACACCCUACGCCAACUGGCCUCUCCUGCCUUCUCCUUCGCUGGUCAAGGUUUCAGACCGGCAUACUUGACCGAGGAGCAUGCUCCCUCACUACCGGAUUGCACCAUGAAACUUUGGGCUAGCUGCCCGAUUGAUGGUCGUCUUCUGUUAAUUGAUCCGGUCACGGGCCAAUUUAAUGCAGUCACCCCGGUCUCCGAACACAGUUCUGAGUCGGCUGGAAUCCGAGACCGUUGCGAAUCACACGUCAUCUCUAAUGGUCAAAUGAAGGCCGCGGUGGAUGCGGACAGGGUUAUCCGGCCAACUCAUGUAGUGCAGACCACCGAUGGCCGGAUUCUCUUUCUCGAUCCUGUAGGCCAACGUCUCUAUUGGGUGAUGCGCAGCCACACGCGCUUUGUUCAUUUCCAGCGCAUCCGCUUAUCAACGGCAGCCGACGAUGCCUGGAUUGCUAAUAAACUCGACCGACUUGUUGGCUUGCAAGCAUUGCCUUGCGAAAUGGUGAUGCUGGCGGGUCGACAUCGUGUGUACAUCCUAAAACCCGCUCGUUGCCUUGAUGGUUCGCCAAAAAGCCUGACGCACAGGUGCUCCUUACUUUGA